AGGUUAUGUGCUGUCUAGAAUAUGUCAGGACUUUUGAUUCAAGUGAAACUUGUUUGUAAAUUACAAGAGAAUUAUGUAUUUGAGUGAAAAACUAAUUGUGCACAUCUCGUGACGAGUGGAAAAAAUUGAAUGGGUGCUGGGAAAAAUCAUUGUAGUGACAAAAAUAACGAUGACCAGUCAACUUAGUCAAUUUGAAGGCUCACUAAAUGUUUAUUUUUUUAUAUCAAAGCAAUAUGCAAGUGAAGAUGAUUGUUCGGAGGAUAUGUGGGAAGCUUUCCAGAAAUGUAAAGAGAAUGAGAUCCCACCUCAGUGGAUCAAAGAGAGCGAGUACCAUAAAUUGAAACCAGAGAAAACAGAUAUUUUCGUGCUGGAAACAUUCGAGGGAGACGUCUUUAAAAAACUUCAAGCAACGAAAUGUUUUAGAAUACUUGGACCGAAAUGUCUCCUUCGUUGUUUUCUAACGAACGAGCCGAUUCCCCCAGGCACCAGUCCAAUAUUAAAUACAGCCAUGCGAGACGUUGUCGCCUGCUUUUCCGGGUUCAGUCCUGAGGCUAAACUCGCCUAUCAGCAGAAAAUUGAAUACAUGGGUGGAAUCUGUAUCAAAGAAUUGCGCCACUGUGUCACCCAUCUCAUCGGGGAUUCUGUCAUGUCUGCCAAGUACGAAAAAGCAAUGGAAGACGGUAUAAAAGUUUACACGAAAGACUGGAUCUUCGCAGUAUGGGAGGAAAAUCUGAAAGAUUUUGUACCGGGAACUGACAGGAGCUUCGAUAAGUAUCAAGUUCCAGUUUUUAUGAAUCUAGUUGUAACGUCCACAAAUCUACCUAAAACCAAAAAAGAUGAGUUGAAAAAAUUAAUCGAGCAGAAUGGAGGAAAGUUCAUGGGCCCCCUGGACGGUCAAAAGGUGAAAAUUCUUAUCGCCGAGGAGUACACAACGAUAAGUGAGAAAAUAAAAUUUGCUAUGGCAAAUGGUAUUCCUUGCUUAAAGCCGGAGUGGGUGAAAAGAAGUAUAGAAGUGGGCUACGCUCUCCCCUUCAACGAGUUCCUGAUCUCUCCAUCUCAUAAAAACAAGUGCUCAACUCCCGAGAAGGGCUCACAAUUGUCGCACGCGAAUUUAAAUAUUUCAACCAUCAGUUGCAUACAAGGUGACUUCAACCCUAACGGUCUCAUCAAUGAAACCAUGUCCAGUACAAUGAAUUCAACUGCUCAAACGAAUGUCCCGGAUCCGAGUCUCCAACAGUCGACGUUAUCAAUAGAUCACAUAAGUAUCAAGGAAGCAAAGAAAGCGGGUCCUUUUUUAGAUGGCUGCAAUAUUUAUUUGGCGGGCUUCUCCUCAAUUCAAAAAGACAAAAUCCACAAAAUAAUGAACAUGGGAAGUGCCACGCGGUACGACGAUAUUUCGGAGACUCUGACUCACGUGCUUGUGGGAGAUCUAGCGAAAGCAUCUGGAGUUUUGAAGACGAUUCAAGCGAAGGGCCUUCAUCCUCACCUGUUGAACCUUCAAUGGUUGGAGGAGAGUAUUAAACUGAAAAGACCGGCGCCAGAGGAAUUAUUUCCAUUUGAUAAAAAAGAUGAACCAAAUAAAAUUGCACUCCCUCAAUCUCCACUAUCCAAAAAGAAUCUUCAAAUGCUCCAAAAAUCCAAGCGCCCUCCAGUCCCAGUGUUCCAACUGGAAAAGCUCCCACAACCCCCUGAAGAUGAACCAGAUCUCGUCCAGCAGUACCUCCAACGUCAAAGUUCAAAUCCAUCGAAGAGCAAUUUUCCCCCCGAAAAAUUGCCUCUUGACCAAAAUCAAUCGAAAUCAGUGAAUCAAUCCGCAGCAAACGACAGCCAAGUGCCUUUGACUCAGCCUUCAACAAUGGGAGCUCAAAUAUUCAAAAAUUUAACAUUUUCCCUCACUAGUUUAGCCGAAGAAGAAGAUCCCACUCUGAGGGACAACAUUACUGGUCUCGGUGGAAAAUUGCUGUCUCGCAGUUUCACAGGAUUCUCCGAUUUUGCUAUUGUUCCGUUCAAUGGAGUCAGUUUAAAAACAUCUGCGAAUGAUGUUGUUACAAGUUUAUUCAUUGACGAUUGCUUGGAUCACGAUACAGUGGUCGAUAUUCAGUAUUAUCACAAACCAAUUUGCAUUCCCGAGAGUGUAAAACCACUCUCAGAUUGUGUUAUUGUGAUUUCUGCCUAUACAGGAAUGGAGCGAACUUAUCUCUCUAAACUAGCAGCUGCCCUAGGUGCUCGUCAUCAGGACAUGUUUGCCCGUCAAACCAACAUUGAAAAGGGAUUGUACGGUGGAACUCAUCUGAUUUGCACAUCUGCGAGCGGAAAUAAGUACAAUGCCGCGGUCAAGUGGAAACGGCCAGCGGUAACAGCUGAAUGGUUGAGAGCCUGCGCCGACAAAUUGACAUUAGUUGAUGAGACUCCAUUUUUAGUCGGUGAGACGAUAGCCCCCCAGCGAAAGAAUCCACUCGAGGGUGGUGCGGUGCCUGCCUCCUUGGCUAUUGAAAAUCGACAAAUUUUAACACCAAAGAGACUUCUCAAUCAGACGCCCAACAUGGAGACUCCAAUCAUCAAUAAACGGUUGAGUUUGAAUAAGAACAAUAGUCCCAAUUCACCAUUCCACUUUGCAACACCUGAAACUCCUUACGGUCAGGUGUUCCAGGAAAAUCCCACACCUAAUACGAGGAAGGCUUGGGCAAAGUGGAUUGAUGGCCUCCCGGAAAAUGUCGAAGAGCCGCAGGUAAAAAAACGGAGGCUCAGCACUCCACUAUCAGAGCUCAAACGUCAACUGUGGUCAGCUUUGAAAAAACCCAAAAAUUCGGAAGACGAAUGUAGCGAUAGUUUCGAAGACGCCGAUGAGCGAAAUUCGGUUGAACCACAGGGUGAGCUACCCGGACCAGCGAAGGUGGUUAAUGAAGAGUCACGUGGUGAGCUAAUUGUUCCAAUAAAUCGAGAAUUAUCGUUUAAUGACGACACUCCGAAGAACACUGAGAUUCACCAGGAAUUAGAGGAGAUGGAUAAAAUGCUCAAGGCUACCUCGUCCAGCUCUAAUGAGGGAAGAUUCUCAAUUCACGGAGAGGAGAGAGAGAAGAUUAGUGAGAUUUGUAAUGUACCAGCGACACAGGCGGAGAGUGUGGGGUGGGAAGAUCCUCAUCCUCAUCCUCUCAAGAUAGCCAUGAGGAAUUCAAAGAGCACUUUGGAAGCACCGGAAGAAAUGGAGGAGAGUCGGGAAUCUGAGGGACCAGGAAAAAUGUUGAAGAAAUUUAAAUUUAUGCUCUCUGGAAUCAAAGACAGGGAAAAUUAUGAAGCGUUGAUUAUUAAAUUAGGGGGCGAAGUGUCAACUCAGUCAGUAUUUGAUGAUUCUGCGACGCAUUUGUUAUGCAUUCGUCCUUCGAGAAAUGAAAAAAUGUUGGGUAGCAUCGCUGGUGGUAAAUGGGUACUACAUUCAUCGUAUUUACGGGAUUGUGAAGUUGCUAAUCGAUUUAUUGACGAAGAGAGAUACGAAUGGGGAAAUCCCCUUAAUGAAGGUGUCGUCCCGCCCAUCGAGGCAGACAGUGAAAAGACGAUUGCUGCAGCCGCACACCGAUGGCGACUGGCGCUAGAAAAUUCCAGGAAUGCUGCCUUUGAGGGAAUUGUUGCCAUGUUGAUAGUAAAUAAGGAUAAGUACGAUCAGUUUGAGAGACUUAUCAGAGCUGGUGGAGGUACAGUUGUCCACGCAAAACCUCCGUACGAUUCGAGUCCAACGGGGAGAAAAAUUACUCACUGCUUUAUUACUAAUAGACCUGGUCAGCCUAUGGACUGGGCUAUGUUGGCGAGUAAGGGGAUUAUGUGCUUCCCACCACAGUUUCUGAAUACCUUGCUAACCACAAAUGGAUCGAUUAAUCCACGAGAUCAUGUCAUACCGGAAUUUAAAAAGUAUUUGGCUUUAUUACCAAAAUAAUUGUGUGAAUAUAGCGGAUGAAGUGGAAAGCGGUCACAGAUGAAAAUUAUACUUUGAUUUCAUUAAUUCGUUACCCCGUUAACGUUUGUGCACUUUUUCUGAAUUUUCGUUCAGCUGUCAAUCAAAAUAUGUAAAUGAUUUUUGAUAAAAUAUGACUUUGUAUGAAGGUGAAUAGAAAUGCAUUUUUUAGAAAAAAAAAUCCUUCAUUCGUUCUUAUUUUCUUAUUUAAGUUUUUGCGUCAUUAGUCAACAGCUUAUUUCUACCAAUUGCUUUGGUAGUGAUAUUUAGAGUGGAUAUGUUCUGCUCUCUAUUUUUGUGAAAGCCUAAUUUGUAAAAAAAUUAUUUGCAAUAACUUUGUAAGGUAUUUUUCUACUUGUAAUGUCUAAAAACUGAAGGACCAAUUACCAAUUGUAAUUAAUGAAUUAUUCUCCGAAGUGGAAGCAUUUCGGGUUGAGAUCUUUUCUACCCUUUUAGGAGGAUGGAAUUACACAAAAAAUAGAGAAUAUAUGCUCAUGAAGUAAUGAGUACUACAUUGAUUAUUUAAAUAAAUCUAUUGUUUCACUUUGCUGUUCAUCGUCAUAUUUUCCAUAAUAUGUUCACUGUAACAAUACAUCGUACGAAAUAUUCGCAUCCUCAUAAAAUCAUUCUGUGUCAGCGCAGUCCAUUAUUACGUUUUCUUACACCUGCCUUUGUAGAUCUGAAUCCAUUAUUUAACGGCUAAAUCCAUUUUUUAUACAAAACGAUAAAACAUUACAGCUCAAAUAAUCUGAAACUUUUUCUAGUUCCCACAUAUGUAAAAGAUGAUCAUUGAGGUUGGACAAUAUAAGAAGUAUUCACGUCAUAAGUCAUUUCUCUUUUGGAUCAUGCCCAUUUGAACAAUUUUCGUCGUUAUGUAUCAUAUGCAAUUGAUAAGUUAUUUAACAUUCUACUGAUUUCUUCUACAGCUGCCAAGAUAAUUUCAUUUCUAGGAAUAUUUUUUUUGAAUUUUUCAUUAUUUUUGAAAAUUUUUCGUCGUUUUUAUUUUUGUGGAAUAAUGUUGCAACACUAUUUUGUGUUUGAUUCACUAAAAUUGAUUUCACUUCUGGUGAAUAUUUUCGCACAAUUCUCAUAACAUUUUACAGGUCAAUGGAGAAAAAUCUUAAUUUCAAAUUGUUCGCUAUUCUAUAAUAAAUAAAGGCAUCAUUUAAGUUACGUUCCCACGUUUUUCUAUGUACAAAAUCUUCAUUGCACAAAAUAAAUUACCUUGAGGGACAGAGUUAGGCCCAUUAAAAAAAAUACGACAAAAAUUU